AAGCAACGCAAUCAGCAUGGAACAGUUGCCUCACCUCAUCUUGGCUCAUCAAGUUCUACAAACUUCAUCUCGUUUCGGUACUCGACGAUAUCUUCGAUUUUUGGUGCACUCGAGUGAGGUGACUAGGACACGCUGAGGAAGUCGCGUUCUUGAGGUGUCUUGUGCAGUGCCUUCUUGUUUCAUUUUCAUGACGAGGGUCAUCUGACUCUUCCCUUCUGUCUCGUACUCUCUCCCCUCAACUACCUUGUCUUGUCUUAUCUUCCAUCUUCUUGGUUCUUUUCUUUCGUGAUUCUCAGCCUCUGCACUACUGCGCGCUGAUUCGAGACCUGACCAUGACCCUACAACUUUAAUUGUCAUAUACUUUUCACCUAGAGUUUUUUCCAUUCUGCGACGCACUGACGUAGGCGCGUCACCUAGGAUUACCUCAGGUCCAAUUCAAACCAAAUCAUCAUCUCAUCAUGAGGGCUAAGAACCCUCUUGCCUUCCGGCCAGGGCCUGUGUCCUUCUGGACGACUGUUAUAUAUCUCGCUCUUUUCAUUCCUCUCAUCUGGAUUCACGAAACUGUUCCUUCGGCUCCGGCUGAUCGGUCGCUGUAUCAGGGUUUCAAUUUGACCGAGGCAUGGCUCGACCUACAAACCAUUACUCGCGCCUAUCAUCCCUACAACAGUCACGAAAAUGACCGAGUACGCGAAUUCAUCAUUAACCGCACCCAGGAGAUCCUCGAUCGCAAUGAUAUGUCGUAUACCACUGAAACUAUUGGUGGUGUAGUUUGGCACUCGAGGUCAGUCUCUGUCGCGAUCUCAUACGCAUAUCGUUAACACGAGUAGAACAUCUUCUCUGGAGAACCAAGAUUCGCUUGUAUCAUCUCAGGGUAAGCCUCGUGGAGCAACACUCUUCGAUGACAGAACUUCCAACGUUUCCUGGACUUACAACACUGCUCGGCGCAUGGGCUCCAACAUUUCCAAGGGAACGUGGUUGGGACAGUACUUUGAGGGCAACAACUACUAUGUCUACAUCCACGGCAAAAACGACCCCGAGGGUGAAUGGUGGCGUGAUGAAUCCAAGUACAAGAAGUUCCGUGGCGAGGGCGGUGUUCUUGUCAAUUGCCACUUUGAUUCCGUUUCCACUGGAUUUGGUGCCACCGACGAUGGUAUGUCCUGCGUGUCGAUGCUCCAGCUCUUGAGCUACUUUACACUCAAAGGACGUCAACCCAAGAACGGCAUCGUUCUCCUCUUCAACAACGCCGAAGAGGAUGGACUUCUUGGCGCUAGAGCCUUUGGCUACAGUCCCUUGUUGCCAUUCAUUCACACAUUCGUCAACCUUGAAGGCGCAGGAGCUGGAGGCCGGGCGCUGCUUUUCCGUACCACUGACUUGCAGGCUGCAAAGGCCUACUCCAAGAGCCCUCAUCCGUUAGGAUCCGUUGUUGCUGCUAAUGCUUUCGAAAGAGGUGUGAUCAAAAGCGCAACCGAUUACGAGAUCUUUGCAGAUGCCUAUGGACAAAGGGGACUCGACAUUGCUUUCUAUGAGCCUCGCGCUCGGUACCAUACCAACCAGGACGAUACACGGCACACGUCUGUUAACAGCAUUUGGCACAUGCUCUCAGCUGCUCUCGCGUCGACUGAGCACCUGUCGAAGACGACUGGUACCAUCUUCAACGGCGAUCGUUCCGAUGGCAACUCUGAUCUUGUCCAGAACGGCAAGCAAGCUGAGGGUGUCUGGUUCGAUAUCUUUGGUGCUGCGUGGGCCGUGUUCGCGCUUAGAGGACUCUUUGCAUGGUCUCUAACACUUCUCGUCGCCACGCCACUGAUCCUCAUUGCCUUCACGUACAUCCUGGCUCGCAAGGAUAAAUACUACUACUUUUCUAGAGACAUCAAGAUGCAUCACGACAUUAACGAUGACCCGGUGGUGCUGGGCGGCUGGAAGGGGUUCUUCCGCUUUCCAUUUGCCCUCGCUUUUGCUGGAGCACUAACUAUCGCAUCGACUCUUCUGAUUGCUAAGUUCAAUCCGCUGAUUAUUUACAGCAGCGGUUACGCUGUGUGGUCUAUGACUCUCUCCAUCUUUUACUUCUCGUUCUGGCUCAUCAUGCGUGGAGCCAGUUUUGUUCGUCCCAGCGCACUUCAUCGUGGCUUCGUUUUGAUGUGGCUCUUUGCCCUUGGCUGGGGUGUACAGGUUGUGUGUGCUGUGGCAGAGGACCGUAUGCAUAUUGGUGCCCUUUACGCAACCGUUUUCUUCCAGUCAGCCAUCUUUCUUGCUCUGUUCAUUUCUCUUUUGGAGCAGUUCGCGUUGCUUGGGAAGCACGACUUUGCAAUGCAGCUUCACGACGCACAUCAGGCGCGUGAUGUUUCUAGCCGCGAUGACGAGCAUGAAUCGAGACCUCAGACAGAGAGCGGAUCUGCUCACGCUGAGGCGGAUGAUAACGAGGACGGAUCUGAGGAUGCUACCGAGACUACGCCACUUAGAUCCGGUGAAUCAGGAUACGGGUCCAACGCCCCGACCUCGUUUGCCAACACAUAUCGCCGUUCGGUUGCUGAGAACUCGCCCUCUCCGCCUAGUAUGCGACGAUACCAGCCUUUCGAGCAUGAGCAGAGUUGGUCUGGACGCCUUCCUACGUGGACUUGGAUUCUCCAGUUCCUCUUUCUGGCUCCGGUUCCCGUGAUCCUGUUUGGAAAUAUUGGCCUGGUUGUCAUGUCUGCUACCCAGAUGACAGGUACCGACGGGGGUAGCCUCCUUGUUCCCGUCUUGUCAUUGGGUAUUUUGAGCAUUUUCUUGUUGCUCCCACUCACACCUUUCAUCCACCGUGUAACUCACCAUAUUCCGUUGUUCCUCUUGUGUGUUUUCGCCGGCACCUUUAUCUACAACCUGGUCGCAUUCCCAUUCUCCGAUAGUAACCGUUUCAAGUUUUACUUCCAAGAAGUCAUCGACCUAGAUAAUGGUACCAACACAGUGUCCAUCGUAGGACUCGAGGAUUAUGCGCGAUCCGUCAUCAGCACCCUACCGAGCACUUUGGGUCAAGAGAUCAAGUGUCAGCCAGCUGUUGGACGAGAUCUAGCAGACUGUCAAUACGAUGCCUCGUCGUUGGCGCCCAGACUGUACAGGAAUAAGACUCCUGAUGAUUUGAUCUCAGUUGAGACGAUAUAUGGCAGCGAUGGAAGCAAAGCACGACUUCGAAUCGAUGCCAUUGACUCAAGGCUUUGCUAUGUUCGCACAUCACGACCCAUCUAUGGAUUCGCCGUGGAUGGUGCAAGCCCAAGAGAUCCUCGCUUCGGAAAGUUCCCCUCGGAGGGUUUCAGCAGCGUCCAGCUCUGGCGCCGUGAUCGAGAUCGACCUUGGACAUUGAACUUGUAUCUGAAUGAGCGAAAUGCUCUUGCUGCAUCAGAGGACUCGGCUCAAAAGGAAAUCGAGUCCCAGGACGAUCACGAGCUAAGAGUGCGGUCAGCGGAACCAGCAGCUGAUCGUCUCGAAAUCACUGUCAGUUGUGCUUACAGUGAUGCCAACACGCCUGGAACAAUCCCUGCUCUUGACGAGCUUCUCAAGUACAUGCCGACUUGGGCGGCAGUCACCAAGAAGAAUGUUGGACUCGUAGAAGUUCGCAAGACUCAUAAAGUCUGAGGAGGAUAGAUAGUACACGAGCAUGACCGGAACCUGCAAGAUUUGGCUGAAGCAUUUCUAGAGUGGCUCCUGAGUACGGCUUCAAGGCAUGGUGCUAGCCAUGGGUGGAGUUUGGGACUGAUAUGGUGCAUUGGUUUGGUUUGGCUUGGCCUAUUGUUUAAUGAUUGAGUAACCUGAGUGCCGUAACGAAUAUGACUGUUGAAUAUGCUUAAUGGUCUGAAAGGUGUGUGAGCGGGAUCUGGUGCAACAAUGCCACGAUGAACAUCUUUUGACGCCUGGCCUAGCCAGAUACCUAGACUAGAAGCUAUCUCCAGAUGAAUAUAUAUGUACGAAGAAUUGAACAAAAGUUAAACCAAGGCUGUGGAAAGG